AUGGUGGUUGUGUUAGGCCCUGUUGCCACUGAACCAUCCAUGGUGAAGACACAACUACAGCAAGUAGAGGUAUUGCAAGAUGAACUGAACAGCCAACAGCCCCAGUAUGAACACUUCAUCCAGGUCGGCCACAGCAUCCUAGAUAAAUGCGACCCCAACUCAGAAGAUGCCAAAGCAAUCUCGAAACAGCUUGAUGACAUGAACAAAAGUUGGGACAAAGUACAAGCGAAGUUGAACGACCGUCAAGAAUCUCUCAAGACAGUUCUGGGUUCUAGUACUGAUUUCUAUGAUGUGCUUGAGAAGCUUGCUGAUUGGAUCCCAGACAUUAUGGACAAGAUGAUGGACCAAGAACCUGUCAGCUCACAACCUGCAGAGCUAGAAGCACAGAGAGCGGAUUUAGAGCGUAUGGAGGAAGAGCUAUGUGAGACAACCAAGGAAUCAUCUGCUAAGUUUGACCUGAAGAGCAAGCUUUCCAAUGUAGAGAGACCUUUCAAUGACCUUGUCAAGAAAAUAGAUGCUCGUAAGAAGGAGAUUAAGGGAGCAGUGAAGGAGGUGAGAAGAUUUGAUGAGACAUGCACAGAGAUGCUAGAUUGGAUUGCUGAUCAACAGUUUAAAUUGGACAACCAAGAACCAAUUUCAGGCAAAGCAGAUAAACUUAAAGAACAAGUUAGACUUCAAGAGGGACUACAAAAUGAUCUUAGCUCCAAAGAGGGAGAAUUCCAAUCUCUCCUAAAGAAGGCCACCAGUCUAAUAGACCUUGCUUCUGAUGGUUCUGACACCACACCUAUACAGGACAAACAGAAGAUGCUCAAAGCUGAGUGGGACAAACUACAGAAAGCUGCUGCAGAGCGUAAAGAGAAAUUGAAAGAAUGCAACAAAGCUGUGGAUAAAUAUCAAGCAGAUCACGACCACCUUGUUCACUGGCUUGAGUUCAAUGAGGAGAAACUGAACAACAUGGACCCAGUUGGAUUAACAAAGGAUGUCCUUCUCAAGCAACUUAAGGAAGCUCAAGGGUUAAUAAUGAUCUCAACCGAAAGAGUGUAGAUAGAGACAGUGUAGCUAAGCUUGGCCAGAAUCUCAUGUCUGCUGUAGAUGUGGACCAAGAUGCUGUGAGAGAACAAGUUGAUGCUCUUGGUACACGUUGGGAGAAAUAACCAAAGG